CAGUGGACAGCGCCAUGGCGUGACGCGCUGGGGCUGGCCAAUCGGUUGAGAGCUGAGCUGGACUUGGCGGUGGGAGUCGGCACCGUGCUGUUGCAGCUGUGAGUGAGGACGAAUCUAGCCAAGUGAGCGGCUCCGGCCGGUUCCCUUCUAGACUAUGGCGACUUACCUGGAGUUCAUCCAGCAGAAUGAAGAACGAGAUGGUGUGCGCUUUAGUUGGAAUGUGUGGCCUUCCAGCCGGCUAGAGGCCACAAGAAUGGUUGUACCCCUGGCUUGUCUCCUUACUCCAUUGAAAGAACGUCCAGACCUACCUCCUGUACAAUAUGAACCUGUGCUUUGCAGCAGGCCAACUUGUAAAGCUGUUCUCAACCCACUUUGUCAGGUUGAUUAUCGAGCAAAACUUUGGGCCUGUAAUUUCUGUUUUCAAAGAAAUCAGUUUCCUCCAGCUUAUGGAGGCAUAUCUGAGGUGAACCAGCCUGCUGAAUUGAUGCCCCAAUUUUCUACAAUUGAGUACAUGAUACAGCGAGGUGCUCAGUCCCCUCUGAUCUUUCUCUAUGUGGUUGACACAUGCCUGGAAGAAGAUGACCUUCAAGCCCUCAAAGAGUCCCUGCAGAUGUCAUUGAGUCUUCUUCCUCCAGAUGCUCUGGUGGGUCUGAUCACAUUUGGAAGGAUGGUGCAGGUUCAUGAACUAAGCUGUGAAGGAAUCUCCAAAAGUUACGUCUUCCGAGGGACCAAGGAUUUAACUGCAAAGCAGAUACAGGAUAUGUUGGGCCUGACAAAGCCAGCCACGCCCAUGCAGCAAGCACGACCUGCGCAACCACAGGAGCACCCUUCUGUUUCAAGCAGAUUUCUGCAGCCUGUUCACAAGAUUGACAUGAACCUCACUGAUCUUCUUGGGGAACUACAGAGGGACCCAUGGCCAGUAACUCAGGGGAAGAGACCUUUGCGAUCCACUGGUGUUGCUUUGUCCAUUGCUGUUGGCUUGCUGGAGGGCACUUUUCCAAACACAGGAGCCAGGAUCAUGCUGUUUACUGGAGGUCCCCCUACCCAAGGGCCUGGCAUGGUGGUUGGAGAUGAAUUAAAGAUUCCUAUUCGUUCUUGGCAUGAUAUUGAGAAAGAUAAUGCACGUUUCAUGAAAAAGGCAACCAAGCACUAUGAGAUGCUUGCUAAUCGAACAGCUGCAAAUGGUCACUGCAUUGAUAUUUAUGCUUGUGCCCUUGAUCAAACUGGACUUUUGGAGAUGAAAUGUUGUGCAAAUCUUACUGGAGGUUACAUGGUAAUGGGAGAUUCCUUCAACACUUCUCUCUUCAAGCAGACAUUCCAAAGAAUUUUUACUAAAGAUUUUAAUGGAGAUUUCCGAAUGGCAUUUGGUGCUACUUUGGAUGUAAAGACCUCUCGGGAACUGAAGAUUGCAGGAGCCAUUGGCCCAUGCGUAUCUCUGAAUGUGAAGGGACCGUGUGUAUCAGAAAACGAGCUUGGUGUUGGUGGCACGAGUCAGUGGAAAAUCUGUGGCCUAGAUCCUACAUCUACACUUGGCAUCUAUUUUGAAGUCGUCAAUCAGCACAACGCCCCGAUCCCCCAGGGAGGCAGAGGAGCCAUCCAGUUUGUCACACGUUAUCAGCACUCCAGCACCCAGAGACGCAUCCGCGUGACCACCAUUGCCCGAAAUUGGGCAGAUGCACAGACUCAGCUCAGGCACAUAGAAGCAGCAUUUGACCAGGAGGCUGCGGCAGUCUUGAUGGCACGGCUUGGGGUGUUCCGAGCGGAGUCAGAGGAGGGACCCGAUGUGCUCCGGUGGCUGGACCGACAACUCAUCCGACUGUGUCAGAAGUUUGGACAGUAUAAUAAAGAAGACCCCGCUUCUUUUAGGUUAUCUGACUCCUUUUCUCUAUAUCCUCAGUUCAUGUUCCAUCUGAGAAGAUCUCCGUUUCUUCAAGUGUUCAACAACAGUCCUGAUGAGUCGUCAUAUUACAGACAUCAUUUUGCCCGGCAGGACCUGACUCAGUCCCUCAUCAUGAUCCAGCCCAUUCUCUACUCUUACUCAUUUCAUGGGCCACCGGAACCAGUACUCCUGGACAGCAGCAGCAUUCUAGCUGACAGAAUUUUGCUGAUGGAUACUUUCUUCCAAAUUGUCAUUUAUCUUGGUGAGACCAUAGCCCAGUGGCGUAAAGCAGGUUACCAGGACAUGCCCGAGUACGAAAACUUCAAGCACCUUCUGCAGGCACCACUGGAUGAUGCUCAAGAAAUUCUGCAAGCACGCUUCCCGAUGCCACGUUACAUUAACACGGAGCACGGAGGCAGUCAGGCUCGAUUCCUUUUGUCCAAAGUGAACCCAUCUCAGACACACAAUAACCACUAUGCUUGGGGACAGUGUUAACAUCUUGCAAAAACUGCCAUACAGUAUCACAGCCGGGAUAUUGAGAUUGGUAAGGUCAACAUGUGCAGUAUUUCCAUCACCACCUGGAUCUCUCAUGUGCCCUUUUAUAGUCACACCAGCUUCCCUCCUGCCUCUGCCCCCCACUGCCAGUGCCUGGCAGUUGCUCACCUGUUUACCAUUUCUAUAAUUUUUAUCAUCAAGAAUAUUUUGUAUAAAGUCACACAGUCUAUAACCUUCUGGGGUUGGCUUUUUUCCCUCAACAUAAUCAUCUAGAGAUUCAUCUCAGGUUGUUGCAUGUAUCAAAAGUUUGUUCCUUUUUAUUUGCUAAGUAGUAUUCCGCAGUGUCGAUACAUGUAUUGCAGUGUGUUUAAUCAUUAACCCAUUGAAGGAUAUCUGUGUUGUUCACAGUUUCUGGCUACUAGGAAUAAAGCUGCUAUAAACAUUCAUGUGCAGAAACUUUUUUACCUCUUUAAAUCUUCAUUUCUUUGAGAUAAAUGCCCAGGAGUACAUUUACUGGGUUGUAUGGUAAUUAUAUGUUUAGUUUUUAAGAAACUGCCAAACUACUAGCAGUGUGUGAGUGAUCCAGUUUCUCUGCAUCCUAGCCAUCAUUUGGGGGUAUCAUUUUUAUUUUAGCCAUUCUGAUAGGUAUGUAGUGGUAUAUCAUUGCAGUUUUAAUUUACAUUUUCCUAAUGACUGAUGGUGCCGAUAAUCUUCUCACGUGCUACUUUGCCAUCUGUAUUUCUUCUUCAGUGAAAUCUCUGUGUCUUUGGUUUGUGGUCUAACUGGAUUAUUUGGAUUUUUACUGUUUGAGAGUUCUUUAUAUAUUCUAGAUACUACUUCUUUUGCAAAUAUGUGGUUUGUAAAUAUUUUCUCUCACUUGCAGUUUGUUAAUUUUCUUUGUAGGUUUAUCCUGUUUUGGUUUGCUCAGCUUUUUGCUUCUGUACAUUUAUAUCUCUUGCCAGAACAGGAAAGUUUUCAGUCAUUAUUUCUUUGAAUGCCUUUUCACCAAAAGAAGUGCUGUCUUUUCCUUCUUUCUUGGCAUCCAGUGACAUGAAUGUUAGACAUUUUGUCGUAUCCCAGGUACUACAUUUCCAUGUAUUUUCUUUAUUUUGUUCAUUUGGGUAACUUCUGUUAUUUUGCCUUCCAGUUUAUUGAUUCUUUCUUCUGUUCCUUUUCUGCAUUGAACCUAUGCACUGGGCGUUGUGUUGGUCACUGUAUUUUUCAGUUAUAAAAUUUCCUUUUGAUUCUCCAUGUCUUCCACUUCUUUCCGGGGGCAUUGUUUUUCUUUGCGGAGGCUUCCUGCUUUUUCAUUUGUUCAAGUGUGUUUGCAGUUGCUCAUGAAACAUUUUUAUCAUGCUGUUUCUAACAAUUGUUGUCA